AUCAUGAAGAUGACUUCCAAAAUGUUGGAAACUAGACUAAUAAGUUCAAAGAGUGACAAAGAUACAAAGUACCCACCUUUUCCAUCAAAGAAUAACAAACAACUCCAAAAUAUGGAAACUCGUCAACUAGUGGUUUGAAAAUUAAUCUGAAAACUCCCGUGAAUCCAACUUCUUGUUAUUGAUGUUGUUUAUUUCUUCUACAGGUUGCUUUUUAAAUAUGUUUACCCUAAUUACCUUGUAUUCACCAAUUAUCCCCAUUUCUCUUUAUGUUUCAAUUGAGACAAUCAAAUUUAUACAAUCCAAUCAAUAUAUUAACAACGAUUUGCAUAUGUACCAUGUUGAAACCAACACCCCUGCAUUGGCACGGACAUCCAAUCUGAAUGAGGAGCUUGGCCAGGUGGAGUAUAUCUUUUCUGAUAAAACUGGAACCUUAACAAGAAAUUUGAUGGAGUUCUUUAAGUGUUCAAUUUGGGGAGAGGUCUAUGGAACUAGUCUCACGGAGAUUGAAAUUGGAGGAGAACAAAGGAGUAGCAUAAAAGUUGAUGAGGUUCAGAAAUCAUCAAAUUCAAUACAUGAUAAGGGUUUCAAUUUUGAUGAUGCUAGGCUUAUGCGAGGUGCUUGGUGGAGUGAACCUAAUCCUGACAUGUGCAAGGUGACGAGACUAGUCAAGAAAGGUGCACAGAAAAUAACACUCAGUAUUGGUGAUGGUGCCAAUGAUGUUAGGUACUUGCAUUCUUUCUAUUUAAUGUUGAUUUAUAAUGUGAGUUUUUGUGCCAUUGAUUUGGAUUAA